AUGCCAGUACUAUGUGCUGGUAAUGGGGAGGUGAUACAAUUUCUCGAAUCACCAGAAUAUAACAUGUUUACUUGUAUCGUCUUUGAUACUGCACCCACGGGCCAUACCUUGCGACUUUUAUCCUUGCCAGACUUCUUGGAUGCAUCAAUUGGCAAGAUAUUGAAGUCAGACAAAUUAGAGAAAUUAUGGGAGAGGAUGAUUAAAGUGCAUGAGCUUUUUCGUGAUACCGAUUCCACAGAAUUUGUCAUAGUAACAAUACCCACGUUACUUUUAAAGUCAGUGCAAGAGAAUGAUAACUAUGCUGCAAUGAGAGAAAAGCCCAAAGAUUCUCCAAGGGUAAACCUAUUCCUCCUUGUAACAUUACAUUACUCAUCAUUCAAAGUCUGGUACUUUCAUAUGGUAUUGCUGGUAGAAGAGAAAAGGGGAGCAGGGGUAGAAGCUCGAGAGCUCAAGAAAGAUGAUGAAGUGUGGCUGGUCGGGAGAUCAAUUUAG